AUGUCGCGUACAGGACAGAAGAAGCCGGUUGGAUUCGCGACGCAGUUGACUGCAGGUGGGAUCGCGGGGGCGAUGGAAGCGCUAUGCUGCCAGCCACUAGACACCAUUAAAGUGCGCAUGCAGCUGUCAAAGUCUGGAAUGGCUCCCGGGACGAAACCGCGAGGAUUUAUCGCAACCGGUGCGCUCAUCGUGCAGAGGGAAACCCCGCUCGCGCUGUACAAGGGCCUCGGCGCUGUUCUUUCGGGUAUCGUGCCGAAAAUGGCGAUACGUUUCGCCAGUUUUGAGCGGUACAAGGCGUGGCUUGCCGACAAGCAGACAGGCGCAACAAGUGUUGGGAACAUCUUCAUCGCCGGACUGGGUGCAGGUGUCACAGAAGCUGUCAUGGUCGUGACCCCAAUGGAGGUGGUGAAAAUCCGACUGCAAGCACAACAGCACUCACUCGCGGACCCGCUGGAGGCACCACGCUACCGCAACGCCGGCCAUGCCGUAUAUGCUAUUGUGCGGGAAGAGGGCUUUAGCGCGCUCUACCGCGGAGUCUCGCUCACUGCGCUCCGGCAGGCAACAAACCAGGGCGCGAACUUCACAGCAUAUCAGGAGCUGAAGAAGCUCGCACACAACCUGCAGCCAGAGCUUACCGACCUGCCGUCGUGGCAACACAUGUGCAUCGGCCUUGUCUCUGGUGCGAUGGGCCCCUUUUCCAACGCUCCCAUCGACACGAUCAAGACCCGUCUGCAGAAAUCUGAGGCGGUGCCGGGCCAGUCCGCGUUCCAGCGCAUCACCGCAAUCGCGGGAGAAAUGUGGCAGCGUGAAGGAGUGCGUUCGUUCUACAAGGGCAUUACGCCGCGCGUACUCCGCGUUGCUCCGGGACAGGCCAUUGUGUUCGCAGUGUAUGAGCGCGUGAGGAGGGUGAUGGAGACGAUGCAGGGGAGCAGCGAGGACCCGACUUACAGCGAGUAG